AUGGCCAACUCUAAGGCCACCUCAAAGCAAUCAAAAUCAAGCGCUCCAACAUCACCGCGUAGAACGCAACCGCUUCCGCGCACCACAAGUGGUCGACAACGAAAACCAACUGAAAAAGAAAAUUACCGAUUAUCCGAAUCGCAACAUAUUGUCCGCCGUCAAGCAAGAAAGGAAGAUAAAUUAGAAAAACGUAAGAAAAAAGCAUUGAAGUCUGCCUAUCAAGGCAAUCCCAAAGACUUCGAGAGAGAACCAUCCGAACUGCUUAGUGACCCCGACAGGGCGGAAGACACUAUGUUCUCGGAUCACAGUGUCCAGACGAAGCUGUCCAAUGCCAGGGUUCUCACAUUCAGUACAACGAAGAUUCCCGUAGCGCCACACACCAGUGGCAGCGAACGCAAGUCUACUACUCGACGGGACACAACUCCAACAAGCAACGUUGAUGACAGUUCUACUACCUCGGACGAUACUAGUGAUGAGUCUAGUGACAACUCUCGAUCCGAGGCUGGGGCUGACGUCGCUGACGAAGAGGAUGAAGACAUCAUCGAAGAACCAUCGACUACCGCUCAGGGGACGAAACGACCUCUCGACACUGCACCAGAAGAUGCUAUGGUAAGGCCAAAGAUCAAGAAAAAUGUCGACGGUUCACGUCAACGUGUCAAAGCGAGCGAUUUCGACGACAUAUCAAAAGAGAUUCUUACCACUGCGACCUCCAUUUUCCGCUGCCUAGUUGUUACUCGGGCACCGUUCCCUGACACUAUAGCUGUCGAGACAAAACUGGCAAAAGAGGCCUGGCGUGAGGCAGGCCAAAUCAAAGGCACCAAUGUCAAAUUAAUGUUGGAGUACGAGUAUGCAAGUCGUUACGGCCCGAGUAGCCGUGACGCAAUAUCUUGUUGCCACUGGCCAGACGUGCGACGUCUGGCAGACGUAUAUGAUGCGCAGCUCGCGUCAUCGUUUUCCCGCUGA